CUCUAGGUAAACAUGGCUGGAAACCAACGAGACACGUCAACUAUCUGUGUUUUUGAUGUUGAUGGGACUUUGACAGCACCAAGACAGGAAAUAUGCCCAGAUAUGCAGGAAUUUCUGGUAAAGUUAAAACAAAAAGUACCAGUUGCCUUAGUAGGAGGUUCUGACCUUGUAAAGAUAUCUGAGCAGAUGAGAGCUACUGCUGAAAACCAUGUUUCACAGAAUUUUGACUAUUUAUUUGCUGAAAAUGGUCUGGUAGCCUAUCAUAAUGGUAAAAAAGUUGGACAAGAGAAUUUACUUCAUUGUAAAGGAGAAGAAUGUCUACAGAAAGUGAUCAAUUUUGCUCUGAAAUAUAUGUCAGAAUUAACAUUACCAGCCAAAAGGGGAACGUUUGUUGAAUUUAGAUCAAGCAUGUUAAAUAUAUGUCCUGUUGGUAGAAGUUGUUCACAGAAAGAAAGAGAAGAAUUUGUAGCUUAUGACCAGGAGCAUAAUAUACGAAAAAAGUUUGUAGAGAGUUUAUAUAAGAAUUUCCCAGAUGCUGGAUUGAAGUUUGCUAUUGGAGGACAGAUUAGUAUUGAUGUAUUCCCUGUGGGUUGGGAUAAAACAUUCUGUUUACAGUUUAUAGAAAAAGGAGGAUAUAAAACUAUACAUUUCUUUGGUGAUAAGACUGAUCCUGGUGGAAAUGACCAUGAAAUAUAUGCAGAUGAAAGAACAAUAGGUCAUAAGGUCACAUCACCUGAAGAUACAAUGAAACAGUUGACAGAAUUAUUUUUUAAAGAUUAAAUUUUUUUUUAUAUACACACUUGAUAUUGGGACAAUCUAUGGCUUAACCUUUACAGAAUGCAUGUAGUGUUUUAAGAUGUGUUCAGUAAUCGAGGUUAUAGGUUAUUAUACAGUUGUGAAAUCCAACCCUUCUUCUAUGGAAUAAUUUUUUUUCAUGGAUACCAAUUUUUGUGGAUUAAAGAAAAACUGUAUUUUCUUGAUUUAUUUUUUUGGGGGUUUUGCGAAAGUUUGCCAUACAAGCACAUGGAAACUUUAUACCUCCUUGAACAUUUAAAUUCAUGGACAUCCAAGAAAAUUGGUAUCACACGAAUAAUAAUGAAACUACAGUAAAUGGCAGGAUCAAAAUGUUGCCUAGUUGAAAUAAAAGAAAAUAGUUUACAAUAGUUGUAAAAAUAACUAAAAUUCUAUUAAAUUUUAGUUUAAAACUCCAACUUUUUGGUUGGAUAUUCCAUGUACCACGUACAAAAAAAAUUUCUGUCAAAUAAUUGAUACGCAAAAUGUUUUGAUCUGUUCUACAAAGAAUUAUUUUAACACCAAAUGUAGUAAAGCAUUUAUAUUGAAUUAUAGGAAAGUUUUAUUCUGUCUUUUUACACUAGUUAUAACUAUUACAGCUUCUAUUUCGAUGUUGGUAUCUUUCCAUGCAUAUCAACAGUUGUAUUGAACAAGUUUUAUUUUACUGACAUAUACCCUUAACUUGAAAAUGCAAGAGUUAUCUCUCUUAGAAAAGUUACCUGGUAUGCAAUGAAAUCAGGAUAGAUGGUAUGAGACCAAGAUUCCAAGAAAUAAAUAAUACAUUAGAGAAAUGUUCAGAUACUUUAUUGCUAUAUUAUCAUCUUAAUAUAUAUAUUGACCAUUCUUAGGACAUAUAAUAUUCUUUAUUAAUAAAAUUACUUUUCUGGAUUAGUAUAAAUCAGACAUACUAAAAUUUAACCUUGUGAUCAUAUGGUAUGGUAUGGUACUGGAGGCAAUCUUAACCUAGUAAUGCAAUACAAUUUUCUUCUAAAUUACACAUUGGAAUCAUUAUAGCGGUUAUUCUUUAUGAAUUUAGUAGAAAUGUAAUUUAUUGUACACUUUUAUAAUAUAUUGUUUUUGUGGAAUACUUUUUUUAUUGAAUUUAUUGGGAUGAAUAUUUAUAAUAAAAUCUAUUUUUUUAA